AUGACGACGACUUCCGUGAUUUAUCGUGUCAAAGACGUGAAAGCCUAUAGCCAGCUUGAGGGCAGGGACUGGUGGUAUGUACGGUUCGACGACCCCGCCCGCAGUUACUCAUGGCAACCCACAGCAUACCUCGGUGACAUACCUCCCAGCACCAAGGCGAGGAUGUCUGACAUGAAGAAACGGUGGCUGUCUCGUCAGCUAAACAAAUAUCGACUCCUGAUCCUGGUCCUCUGGUUGGGCGCGUUAGCGGGCGCCGCCGUGACUGGAUAUUUGAUGAUUCAGCACUGGGAACACGUUCGCGCUGACCCGCAAGCGUGGAAGGCACUUUACACGCUGACUCUGCCGGUGUGGAGCUGGAGCGCGAUUUGCGUGGCGACCAGUCUGGUGCUAGCGGCCACGGCCCUUCGGGUGCAGUCAAAAACCGACAAUUUUUUCCGAAAACGCAACCGAUCCUUCAAGAGUUCCGGAGUGCUCAAGCGCGCGGCAGGAGGUGAGCCUCCCAAGCCGACGCGCAUGCAGCCUCUUCGGCAGUGCAAACAAGGCUGA